CUGCUUUCUAACCCGCACGGACCCGCCGCUGCCCCGCUGGCAGGCCCUCGCCUUCCCCUUCCACCCGUGGACGUGGCUCGCCAUCCUCGUCGGCCUCAUCGUGUCUGGCCCCGUUCUGGCCCUGCUCGCCCGAGCCAGCAGCAAAGUGUGAGCGUCGGGAUAGGAUUGACAUAUUGCUCUUUGUUCGAAACAUAAUGAAAUGAGCACAUAGGCUCUUGUGGAAAAACCUCCGCGAACGUUGCCUUGAUAACACUGUUCUCUCCCCCGCACGGUGGCGUGACUGCAGAGGCAGCGAGGCGGCCAGCCUGGGGCAGCUCAGCUUCAGUUGGUACUACACGUUCGGCCUCCAUUUCUGCGAGGCGCAGUACCUACUACCCAGCAUGGCGAGCACUCGCAUCUUCGUCACCUUCCUGUGGCUGUACACGAUGGUGCUCACCCUCGGCUACUCCACCAACCUGACGGCCUUCCUGAUGGUCCCGAAGGCCCCAGCGGCCAUCGAAACCAUCAAGGAUCUCUACGAAUCGGGGCUUGAGGUCGCGGCGAUCGGAGACAUUUACAGGACCGGCAUCGCCUCGGCCAGCGACCCCAACUUGCGGGGCCUCCUCCGCGUGUUCAGGAGCUACCCGUCGGAGCGCGAGAUCUUCCCGCGCGUGCUGCUGGGCAAGGCGGUGUUCCUGCAGAGUCGCGGCUUCUCGGAGUUCCACGUCAUCACCCGGUACACAACCCUGGGCGUGCCGAGGAUGCGGUUCAUGAGGGAGUGCUUCGCGCCCUACAGCAUCGCCAUGGCCCUGCAGCGCAACUCGCCCCUUAAGCGGAAGUUUGACGAGGUGAUCAAGUGGGUGGUGGAGAGCGGCUUGCUGAGGCGCUUCUUCGUGGAUUCCCUCAGACUGGCGGCGACGACCAAGGAGUACGGCGGCAUCAAGGGGGAGUCGCCGCCGCAGAACAGCGUGACAGCCCUCAAUAUGGACCACAUGCAGAGCGUAUUCCUCAUCGCCGUGCUAGGCUGGACCGCGGGGAUGCUCUCCUUCGGGUUGGAGGCUGCCCGGAGGAUGUGUCGCUGAAAGAGUGAGCGGUGAACAGCUCCGUCUGAACGGUUAACUGAAGAACUCACUCUCAUUAUUGUCGCUGAAAGAAUAUACGGUUAAUAUCUCUCUCUGUAUGAUGAAUACCUACCUAAGGAAAACAAACUUGCAUUCUUGAUCUGGACCUGAAGAAAACACGUUCAAAUUAUUGUUGGAAAACAGGAGGCUACUAUACGUUUGGAUAAGAGUAUAUCACGGCUAGACAAGAGUA